AUGGGUAACAAUUUUUCGAGGGAAGCGGAAACAGAACGUGCGUAUCAACGUCUCAAACAAGCUUAUGAUGACCAGCUAGCCAAUGAAAUAGCCUUGCGUACGAUAAACAUAGAACAGGAAGAAGCUUUAAAGUUUGCUGCGCAAAAAAGGAGUCUUCCUUAUGAGGGGUUGUCGUUGGCAUGUAUACUUGGAGAGUACGCUGAACAGCUUUUGGAAGAAAAUAGUAAACGCUUCGAAGUUGUUGGUGGAACCAUCACUGUUGGGGACGUUGAUGAACGAGCCGCUUUUAAUGAACGUUUGAGAAAUGAAUCUUUGUAA